CCUUGUCUCUAUUCUCCAUGGUACGACCACAUCGUUUAUUUUUCGUGUGAUUUAAAUUAUUAUUAUUUUUAAUAACAGUUGUCUUAAAAAAAAAGCAUUUACAUUCAUAAUUUAUAAAUGAAUUAAAUUAAUUCAUAUUAAGUGUAGUGUUUGUGUCACCAACUCAUCAUAUUUAAGUUUUAUGAAAGUGUACAAUGAGUUUUAAGUGGAAGAUUUAUAUAUUUGAGUUCAAUGACUUGUAAUGCUUGAGGACGAAGAGACAAGGAAUAGUUUAUUAUCUGCUUUCCAUGGAGGAGAAAUAAAAAUAGUGAAACAUUAACUAAUGCAAUUUAGUUUCUAUUAGUAACUUGGAAUAUUACACUGGGAGAAAAAAAAAUUAAAUUCAAUGUAGAUGAAUAUACAUUGCUCAACAACGCUGUCGUGAAAAAUCGUAUCGAGAUUGUGAAUAUUAUCUUGAAAUAGAGCUUUUCGAGACACCGCCAUAUUUUGCAGUUCAAUACAGCAUUUAAGAAACUGUAAAAAUGUUUUUCAACAACGGAGCAUCUUUUGACAUUAAACAUUAUCAUAAAAAUACAGCACUCCAUCAUGCAAUAAAAAAAAAACAGUUAAAUGCUGCUAAAUUACUGAUUUCCAGUCAAGAAAUUGAUGUUAACGCCAUAGAUGAAGACGGAAAGAAGCCAAUUUAUCUUGCGACUGAAAGAGGAUAUUUAGAAAUUGUCAAAUAUCUUUUAUCAUACGGGGCCUGUAUAGAUGCAUCAUGUACUUCAAGUUGGAAAAGUGGCUAUACUUCUCUUCAUUUGGCUGCUGAAAGUGGUAACGAAGAAAUAUUGUCAUUAUUAUUAUGCAACGGUGCAAAUGUGAAUAGUAACGCUCAGAACAGUUUAACUUCACUUCAUCUUGCCGCUGAAAGAGGACAUUUACGAAUAGUUGAGCUCCUAUUAGAUUAUGGAGCUUUUAUUGAUUGCACACAUACAUCAACACUUAGAUAUGGUUGUACGCCAUUGCAUUUUGCUGUUGAGAAUGGUUACACAAAAGUUGUCGAACUUCUUAUAAAGAAAGGCGCUAAUGUUAAUGUCAAGCUAAGAGGUAAUGAUACGCCUCUUCUUAUGGCAGCAGAAAGAGGGCAUUUAGCAAUUGUCCAAUGUCUUUUAAAAAAUGGGGCUCAUAUCAAUGGAACUUACGUUAGUGAAGGAAAAACUGGAUAUACGCCACUACAUAUUGCUUGUAAAAAUAAUCAUGAAGAUGUUGUUGAACAACUGCUGAGUGAAGGCGCUGAUCUAAAUCUUAUUGCCAAAGACAAUUUAACUGCAAUUCACCUUGCUUCGAUAAAUGGCAAUGAUAAAAUUCUUAAACUUCUUUUGGAUUAUGGAGCUGACGUUAAAAUUCGUGAUACUAAUAAUAAAACAAUAUGUUACAAUAUAAUGCUUUCUGCUAUUGAAGAAGGGCGUUCAAAAAUAGUUGAAUAUCUUUUAAAUCAUAAAAUUCAUCAGAGUAACCUAAAAAGAAGAGCGAUUAGAAUAUGUAAUUCAUUCAUACAUUGUGCAGUUAAGAAUGGACAACAGGAAAUAGUAAAACUUUUAAUGACUUACGGUGCAGAUGUAAAUUCUAAAGAUAAAAUAGGAAAACCAGUACUAUUUUAUGCUAUACAAAAUUUUGAUUUGAAUAUGGUUGAAUUACUUAUGACAGGUAAAAUAAAAGUUGAUAGUGUUGACAAAAGAAAUAGAACGGCUCUCCACGUGGCUUGUGAUAAUGGGCAUUUACCGAUUGUCAAACUGCUUUUACAAAAUGAUUUCGACAUUAAUAGAACAUGUAAAAAAAAUUUUACACCACUGGACUAUGCUACAGCAAGUAACACUUUGUCGUACUUGAAUUUUCUUGAAGUUUCUGAUCGCGAGUUAAUAAUUCAGGUUCUGAGACAGCAUAUAAUUAAAUUAAAAAUAGCAAAUUUAUAUGUGUCCGAAAAAAAUUUGUCAUUAAUUACUCUCGAUGAAGAAAUGAGUAAAUUUCAGAAAAUAUGUGAAAAAGAAAUAGAAAAUAUGAAAAGUGAAAAAAUUGGUAUUAGUAAUGUAUCUUUUUAUGAUAUUGUGACAAAAAAUACAAAUCAGUUAUCAAUGUUUGUAAGAAAUGAAAGUAUAUUUGAAACUUUAAUUUCAAAUAAUUAUAAAAGAGAUUUUCCGAUUUAUGGAAAUAUUAUAAGUAAUUGUUUUUUAAAAGGAUUAGAAAGAUAUAAAUUAGUAGAACAAGGAAGUGAAUGUCUUUACACUAUAUUUGAUAAUUUUGCAAAAUUACCUUAUGAUAUCUCAUAUAAGAUAUAUGGUUAUCUUAGGAAUUCAGAUUUUAUAAAUAUAAUAUGUGCUUGCAAGCCUCUCAAUUAAUCAAAUCAUUGAUAGUUAUAUCUAUCAAAUAAAAUGUAAAUAUUCAUAAGUUAUGUUAAGUAUCUACAAGAAUUGAAUAGAUAAUUUUUUUAAUUAUGAAAAGAUUCUAAAUAUAUUAGAAAAAUAUAUUUAUUUUUAUUUUGAAUACGAGUAAAGUUGGAUAAAAAGUUCUGAAAGAGGGAAAUUUUUUAAUUUUUGAAAUAAACAAACUUUCUACUCUCAUCGUUAUUCCUGAUUAAAAAAUUCUAUUCAUAUUUAAUCGGAAAGUUCCGAUUGGCAUUUAAUCGGAAAAACGGUCGAUAAAUAAUUAUUUUCUAAUUAAAUCCGAUUAAAAUAUUCUAAUCGGAUUAAAUUGAAAAAUAAUAAAUACACUAACGCAAAAAAUUGAAGAAACAGAAAAAUUUUAUAAAUUUUCGAUCCCAAAAAACAAGUUUCAAUUUUUUUGAUUUCUUUGAUUUUUUUUGGAAAUUUUUCGUUUUUUUACUCUUUCCCUCAAAUUUACGGAGUUAGCAAUGCAAAAAUGAAAGAAAAGUAAAAAAAAAUUGUUUAACUUUAAUUGUUUAGCAAAACUUUGAUCGAUCCC